AGCUCUACCUGUUCUGUUUCGUAUGGUGACAUGGAUGACUGGGACAACAGCGAUGAAUUCAUUCAGCGACUGGAUUUUUCCAGUUGUGGUGAAGAGAGCGAAGACAGGAGCAUAAAUGAGGAGGACGCCCUGAGCUCGAGCCCUGCCAGGAGCUGUGAGUUCCAGAAGUGGCAAGGGAGCAGUCCUCCACCAGCAACCCCUCAGAGAAAGUUUAGUGAGAUUUUCCUGAGCAGGACGAAAGCCUGGGUGAGUCCCACCCUAAGUUCUUCCCCAGCUGUGAGCAAGAGCCGGGGUAAUGCUGAGACACCACUGCACAUCACCUGGAAAAAGCUGCAGCUGUGUGAUACCCCACACACUCCCAAGAGCCUGUUAUCAAAGACAGCUUUUCCUUCAUCUGGGACAAAGGUCCCACCCAAAGGCUUCCGACAUCUGAGAUUUACUCCUGGUGCUGACUUGGAUGACUCUACACAAGCUUCUCUUGUCAACAUUAAUCCCUUUACACCAGAGUCGUAUCGACAAAUGCUUUUUCUUCCUAAUGGCAAGCGGAAGAGCAGAGGACAGCUGAGGGAUCCUGAUCCAAGAAGCCAGAUAAACCAGGAGAUACCUACAAAGAGAUAUCCUCUGAAAGAGAGCAAUAUGGUUUCCCGCUACAAGAAGGAGUUCCUGGAACUAGAAAAAAUUGGUGUGGGGGAAUUUGGCUCUGUCUACAAGUGCAUCAAACGCCUUGAUGGAUGUGUUUAUGCCAUCAAACGCUCCAAAAGGCCUCUGGCAGGAUCCUUGGAUGAGCAGCAGGCACUGCGCGAGGUUUAUGCUCAUGCUGUCCUUGGACACCACCCCCAUGUUGUGCGCUACUACUCGGCGUGGGCAGAGGAUGAUCACAUGAUUAUCCAAAAUGAACACUGCAAUGGUGGGAGUCUCCAAGAUGUGCUGCUGGAAAAUGCAAAGCUUGGCCAGUAUUUCCCAGAAGCAGAGCUGAAGGAAAUACUGUUACAAGUCUCCAUGGGGCUAAAAUAUAUCCACAACUCUGGCCUUGCACACCUGGAUAUCAAACCUAGUAACAUCUUCAUCUGUCACAAGCUGGCAACUGCAGGCCCUGCCGAGCAGGAUGAGAGUGACAGUGAAGAUGAAUUCUCUUCUGGUGUGGUGUAUAAGAUUGGUGACCUUGGCCAUGUGACAUCAAUAACAAACCCCCAGGUGGAAGAAGGAGAUAGACGGUUUUUGGCUAAUGAGAUUUUGCAAGAGCAAUACUGCUACUUGCCGAAGGCAGACAUCUUUGCCCUGGCACUCACAGUGGCUCUAGCGGCUGGCACGGCUCCGCUGCCUCACAAUGGGGCCAUGUGGCACCACAUCCGCAAAGGCAAUAUCCCACUGAUCCCCCAGAAGCUUUCUCACUGCUUUCUUGAACUCCUCAAGCUCAUGAUCCAUCCUGACCCAAUGGAAAGACCUUCUGCCACAGCUCUUACUAAACAUCCAGUUCUCCGUCCUUCACGUGGAAAAGCUGUGCAGCUCCAGAAGCAGCUAAAUGUGGAGAAGUGCAAGACUGCCAUGCUGGAAAGGGAACUUAAAGCAGCCCGCCUUGCCCAGACCCUCAUGAAGGACCAGCCCUUAGGAAGUGCCAAGUUGCAAGAGUCUGAAACCUCUUCUAAGCAGAACAGCAAGCGCCUGGUGGGAGGGAAGAGCUGUCGCUCAUUUAGCUUUACUUUGGGUUUUUGAACUCUGUGUUGUCCAAAAAGCUCUGGCUGCUGAAUGGCCCUGUGAAAGCAGAGGGUCUGCACAGGCCAGUGCCCCAUAUUAGCUCUCCCUGUUAUGGUUUUUGGUUCCCUCAUUAGGUGUGAUGACAUGUUGGCUGAGGGAAGAAUGACUAGAUUACACGUGUCAGAUCAUGGGAUUUUAAGAUUAUUGUCCUCAGUCUUUCACCUGAGUUUAAUUUCUUGUGUAACUGGUCUUGUUCUAGACUAAGAACAGCUUUGCCAUACAGGGAAAGGGUGGCAUUUCCCCUACUUGCUUCCCUCUUUUGGUUGGUCAGGCCCAAUUAUCGAUGGUGUUUUUGUGGUCUUAACAGUCUGGCCAUCUGGGUAUCUUCAGAGGGGAGGAAGUGUCUGUAUGUGGAGACACAUCUACAGCUGGGUCCUCCUGGAAGUGAGGAGGUGGAGACUAUGGCAGACAGUUUUAACUACACAUCAGGAGACAGACUGGUUACAUAGCAUCCCUGGUGGACCUGGGAUGCAAUUUGAUGGAACUUCACUGAGGGGGACAAAGAGUAGAAGGAAAUGCUUUGAGUUAAGGGGGCGUUACUUGUGGAGGUCGAAGGAAAAUUUCCCCUCCCUUAACUUUCAGCAACCAGCACAGUGUCACGCAGCUGAUGUGGUUAUGCUUUUGCAGACUAGGCCCUGAUUGCCUGACUUGUUUUAUGUGGAUUGCAAAGACUCCUUGCUUAAAGUGGGGGAAGUGACUGUCAUGGGCUGGCAGGUGGGUCUGUGUGCCUGCUUCCCUCCCAACAUCUUACAUGUGCCACAACUACUGCUGGCAAGCUGCAGCCUCAGGAAAGAUGAGGGGAAAUCAGAGCGUGCUUUUUUUUUUGGAGUUGCCCAUGUAAAGUGUGUCUGUGUUUAAUACUUACUAAAUCUCAGCCCUCUGCUUAAUGUGACUUUCUGAAUACUCAUCAGCUGCAUGCCGAGCUGUGCUGGUUGGACAUGAUGGCAUGCUACUACCAGGGAGAAUGUGAAGCUGGUA